AGUCAGACUCGGGGUUCCCUGCAACGCAACAUAUUAGGUUUUUCUUUGCGCAAUCCCUUUCAUUUUGCGACUCCUUUGCUGCUACCGUCGCCGUUUGCCCUUGCCGUCCGCCUCUAGUUCUCUCCGCCGGCAGCCGCGUCUGUGCCGUCGACUCACAUGGAGAUUGAAACCCAGAAGUGUUUGCAAAUGGGUGAAGAUUUGAUCACUGAAAUCCUAUUGAGGUUGCCGGCGAAAUCUCUUGUACGCUUCAAGGCUGUGUGCAAGUUGUGGCGGUCUCUCAUAUCCGAUCCCCACUUUGCAACAUCACAUUUUGAACGUGCUGCUCGUGCUCAUAGACUCUUGUUCACUACCCCUAAUGGCAUUCGAACCAUGGACUUAGAGGGUUCGCUUAACCCUGAUCGUAUUUCUGAAACAAUAUAUUAUGAUUUUUUAUCUACCCAUGAUGAUUAUGAUUUUUUGUCUACCCCUAUUCGAAUUGAAGGUUCGUUUAGAGGCUUUCUGCUAGUGAACUGUAAUGAAAGUCUCUACCUGUGGAAUCCAUCCAUACGUGUCCACAAACCAAUACCUUCUUCAUCUCUUGUUGACAGUACCACCAAUGUUUUUUAUCAUCUAUAUGGUUUUGGUUACGAUUCAUCGAACGAUGACUACUUGUUGGUUCAAGUGCCUAUUACAGACACAUCCUCACCUACUGAUUUAUCAUAUGUGCAGUUUUUCUCAUUGAGAGCUAAUAUGUGGAAAUAUACUCAGGGUGUUGAUUUGCCUUCCUUAACCACUAUUGAACUUAGUGCUGGGUUGCUCUUCAACGAGGCCAUUCACUGGAAGGCUUGGAACUGGAACUGGGUGGCUGGUAGUGUGAAGUAUUUUAUCAUUGCCUUUGAUUUAAUGGAAAAGAGACUUUUAGAGAUACCCCAGCCUCAUGGUCUACUUCCCCAUGAUUUUGGGUCUUUUACUUUGUGGGUGCAUGGAAGAUUUUUUAGUCUAUCAGUUUUGUUGGGAGAUACAAUUGAAAUAUGGGUUAUGAAGAAAUACAAAAUACAAUCAUCUUGGACCAAGACUCUUGUUCUAUCUUCGAAGACCCUUUUCCCAUUAUGCUCUACAAAAGGGGGUGAUAUUGUCAUGUUUUCUGGAACAAAUCUCACAAAGUAUAGUGAUGAAGGAGUACCAGGAGAACAACUAGAAUAUUGCGACCAUUUUGGUUUUCUAAAUUCAUCAGUGCCCUUGUAUACAGAGUCUAUGCUUUCGCUCCCUGAUGUUUGUGGGUGAAAUCUAUAUAUAUUUAAAAUAAAGAAGCAGGUUUUACGGCCUAGAGGCAAUUUAGUAAUUCAAUAUUCCAUUGUACUACAUUCAAAACUUGACUGUGGUUAUUUUAGUAGAAAUACAUAAUUAUUUGUCUUAGAUUCAA